CACUUGAGUGACACAAUUAUAACAAGUUUGAGCUGGCGACUGGGGGGGAAGUUUGAGCUAUUACCAAAUCACAAUUUGCCGUCAAACCCUGCAUUGCGCGUGCUGCAUGCAUUUUGGUGUACCGGCUAACUGCGACUCGUUUAUGUCGAGGACAAUGUGAAAAAGGGUUGUUUGGAGGAAAUUAUUUUCCUUGGAGGAUUACCCAUCUAUUCUUUUUGUUUAACGCAAAAAAAAGCGCUCGGUUUACGGUGCGAAAAUUGUUUCACUGGAGUUUUUCGUCUAUGAAAUCGUGCGGAGUGUCGGUGGCCGCUGUAGCUUGCGCUGCUGCUGCUGGUGGUGGUAGUAGUAGUAGUAGUGGUGAUGAGGAAAAGAAAAUGGCGGCGGGAAAAGCGAGUGAAACCGAUGAGGACUUUCCGAAGCUUACGCCGCAAGAAAGGGAUCGUUUAGCCGGCAUAGACAGCACACUGUUUGGAUUUCAGAGGCUUCAUGAAGAUGGCGCCAGAACGAAGGCCUUGCUGUUAAAGGCUGUUCAUUGCUAUGACGUCUACAUCUUAAAUGCUAAAGGAAAAGUGGAGCCAGAGGCGUUUUGCCAAUUAGGUCACUUCAACCUUUUACUGGAAGAUUACCCUAAAGCAUUAUCUGCAUACCAGAGAUACUACAGUUUACAUUCAGACUACUGGAAGAAUACUGCCUUUUUAUAUGGCCUUGGCUUGGUUUACUUCCAUUACAAUGCUUUUCAGUGGGCAGUGCAGCGCACCCCCCCAGAUGCCCAUUCUGGACAGAGAAGGGCGAUAAAGGCGUUUCAGGAAGUCCUUUACAUUGACCCCAGCUUUUCAAGAGCCAAUGAGAUCCAUCUGCGACUUGGUCUGAUGUUUAAAGUCAACACAGACUAUGAGUCAAGCCUGAAGCAUUUUCAGCUGGCUUUGAUUGACUCCACACCCUGCACUUUGUCCAAAGCUGAAAUUCAGUUCCACAUUGCUCAUGUAUAUGAAAUUCAGAAGAAACACCGCAUCGCAAAGGAAGCUUACGAGAGUCUGUUACAAACAGAAGAUCUUCCUGCACAGGUGAAGGCAACUACGUUUCAACAAUUAGGCUGGAUGCAUCACAUGGUCGAACAGUUGGGAGAUAAAGCCAACAAGAACAGCUAUGCUAUUCAGUGUCUGCAGAAGUCCCUAGAAGCAGACCCCAAUUCAGGACAGUCUUGGUACUUCCUGGGCAGGUGCUACUCAAGUAUUGGGAAGGUCCAAGAUGCCUUCAUAUCUUACCGACAGUCUAUUGAUAAGUCUGAAGCCAGUGCAGAUACGUGGUGCUCAAUUGGUGUGUUGUAUCAGCAGCAGAACCAACCGAUGGAUGCACUGCAAGCGUAUAUCUGUGCAGUGCAGUUGGACCACAGCCAUGCAGCCGCCUGGAUGGACCUAGGCACACUCUACGAAUCCUGCAACCAGCCACAGGAUGCCAUCAAGUGCUACAUCAAUGCCACAUGCAGCAAGUCCUGCAGCAACAUCCCAGCUCUUACAGCUCGCAUUAAAUGCCUACAGGCUCAGUUGUGUAAUCUUCAGCAAGGUAGUUUACCAAGUAAAAGUAAAAUGCUCCCUAGUAUUGAGGAGGCGUGGAGCCUUCCAAUUCCAGCAGAGCUCACUUCCAGACAGGGAGCGCUCAACACGGCACAACAGCAAACCUGCAAAUCUCAUCAGAGCAAUGAAGCCCAGUCCCAAAUCCCAGGACAGUCUCUUCCUCAUGUUCUCUCUGGCCAGACAGACAACCAGUCCAUCCCGGCCAAAAAGAAGAGGACCGCUAGUCCUGCCAGGAAUUCACCAGAUUCCUGGGCAAAUGAUUCAAAUCAUCAUCAAAUCCCCAAUUGGAGUUUAACCCCCCAGAAGCUUCAGCUCCUCGAACAGUUACGGACCAACAGGGCCAAUUUGAAGCCAGUUCAGUUGCAGAUGCUGGAACAAAUGGAAAAGCAGCUCAGUCUAAUCCAACAGAAUCAGCAAAUGAGGCUGAAUGCUAUGGGUCAAGUGUGGCCCAAUGGGUCCAAUGGUCCUGUAGCGGACCCCUUACUGCCUGUGAACUCAAAUUCCACAUCCUCCCCUCACCAACAACACAUCGCUCUUUCCCGCACACCCUCUGCCUUCUCCCGAUGUGCUGCUCAGCCAAUAUCCAACAGUCCUGUCCCUGCAAGCCCCACCCCCUGCUGCACGGCUAGAACCCUGGGUAACACAGAUGUUGUCUCUGUGGGCAAUAAUCACCUCCCUGGAUCUGGGAGCAACGUAAACGUGCCUUACUUGCGGCAAAACGCACUACCUCAUAACUGCACAACCCCCACCAGCAGCAGCAUGGAUGGUGAACCAUGGAAAAGCCAACACGUCAACUCCGCUCAGGGGCUUCAGAAAAGUCCAGGUUCACAUUUAGCAGGUCCAAAUGGGGAGCAGCCUUUCUCUUCCACUGGGACUUCCCAGCCUACCCUGGCAGCCGGCACUGGCAUUCCAAAUCAGGUCGGAUGUUCCACCACAGCCAGCGACACGUUAGCACAGGAGGCUAGUCACAAUCACCUCCCCUCCCCCAGCCUCCCUCACUCUGCUACCUCAAGUGGACAGCAAGGCAUGGUGCAUACCAAAGAGAGCAAGCCUUCAGGAAACGGGCAUUCCACGGGGACGCCUAACAGCAUCGUCACGUCAGAAGGACUGCCUAAUCACGUCCAGCAAGGCCAAACAGAUGGUGCUGGUCCAAAACACUGCUCACCAGGUGUACUUCGUUCAGACAAUCUUCAGCUCUCUGCCUUUUUGAUUGGAAAAGCCAAUGAAAGUAAUUAUAAGGACGGCAGGUUGGCGGCUGCUAGCACAAAGUUAAACAACUUUCACCCCAGUCUGCAGACAGGGCUUAAGGCACAUGAGAACUCAGUGGCCUCCUCUCCAUGUUCUGCCAUGUUCACGGCCACACCCUCCCCCAAAUCGGCAGACCAUCACAGUUCUCAGAACAGUGUUAACAGCCUUAACAGCCCCACGCUUAAUGGCAAAGGUCUGGAGGACUCUCAGAGCCCCUUGAAGGUGGCAUCAUCCUUUGUUUGCUAUAAACCGACUCCUCCCUUGCUCGUCCCGUGGUCCUCUGUCUCCAUCUACCCCAGCUCCAGUGAGGUGCUCAAAGCAUGCAGAAACUUUAGGAAGAACGGCGUGUCCAACAACAGCAUCUUACUUGACAAGUGUCCCCCUCCACGAUUACCUUCUCCACCCUUCCCUCCUCUGCCAAAGGACAAGCUCAAUCCUCCCACCCCCAGCAUCUAUUUGGAGAGCAAGAGAGAUGCCUUCUUUCCACCUUUACACCAGUUCUGCACAAACCCAGCCAACCCUGUUACUGUAAUCCGUGGCCUGGCUGGAGCACUCAAGCUAGACCUAGGGCUGUUCUCCACCAAGACUCUGGUGGAGGCCAACCCAGAGCACCUGGUGGAGGUGAGGACUCAAAUAUCUCAGCCCACUGAUGAGAACUGGGAUGUGACGGGCAGCAGGAAGAUGUGGCGCUGUGAGAGCAGCCGGUCACACACAACCAUCGCCAGAUAUGCUCAGUACCAAGCCUCCUCUUUCCAGGAAUCGCUGCGGGAGGAAAAUGAAAAGAAAGGGCAGAAGGACUACUCAGACACAGAAUCUGCUCCAUCUGAAAAUGUGGUGCGUCGAAGUAGAGGUCCUUUUAAGCACAUUAAAUUUGGGACCAACAUCGACUUGUCAGAUGAGAAAAAGUGGAAGCUGCAGCUGGCUGAGUUGAGUAAGCUGCCUGCCUUUGCGCGGGUGGUGUCUGCAGGGAAUCUGCUCAGUCAUGUGGGCCACACCAUUCUCGGCAUGAACACUGUCCAGCUCUAUAUGAAGGUCCCAGGCAGCAGAACACCAGGUCAUCAGGAAAAUAACAACUUCUGCUCUGUGAACAUUAACAUCGGCCCAGGAGAUUGUGAAUGGUUUGUUGUUCCUGAGCCAUACUGGGGUGUCAUGAAUGAUUUCUGUGAAAAGAACAAUAUUAAUUACCUAAUGGGCUCAUGGUGGCCAAAUCUAGAGGACUUGUAUGAGGCCAGUGUUCCGGUGUAUCGCUUUAUCCAGCGACCAGGGGAUCUUGUCUGGCUCAAUACAGGCACAGUGCAUUGGGUUCAGGCCAUUGGCUGGUGCAACAACAUUGCCUGGAAUAUAGGACCACUCACUGUGCAUCAGUACAAGUUAGCUGUGGAGCGAUACGAGUGGAACAAACUCCAGAGUGUCAAAUCGAUUGUUCCAAUGAUUCACCUCUCUUGGAACAUGGCCAGGAACAUCAAAGUGUCUGACCACAAGCUCUUUGAGAUGAUCAAGUACUGUUUGUUGAGGACACUAAAGCAGUGUCAGAUGCUGAGAGAAGCUCUUCUAGCUGCUGGCAAUGAGCUAGUUUGGCACGGGAGGACCAAGGAUGAGCCUGCUCACUACUGUAACAUCUGUGAGGUGGAGGUCUUUGACCUGCUGUUUGUCACCAGUGAGAGCAACUCACGAAAAACAUAUGUGGUACACUGCCAGGAAUGCGCUCGAAGAUGCAGCCCUAACUUUGAAAACUUUGUGGUUUUAGAGCAGUACAAAAUAGAAGACCUCUUGCAAGUGUAUGAUCAGUUCACAUUAGCCCCACCCCUUCCCCCCUCCUCCUCAUCUUGACGUUAACAUUAACGGUUCUUCGGAUAACACCCUGGAACGCAACAUAUUCCUUUCUGAUAUUCAGGAGACAUGACCCAGUUCCACACCACUGGUUUCUGUAGCAAAUCCACAAGGCUGCUGGUUCUAAGCUGUUUGUCUAUACAACCUUGCCAAGUAUGGAGUGUCGGCCUGCUAGAUUGAAGUGGCAUCGCCUUCAUCUUCAGGACUUUUUCAGCUUGUUCAGCACCACUUCUCUUUGAAACACAAUGACAAAUUGACUAAUUGCAGAUAUACAGUAUAUCACAAAUGGUAAAAUCUCUCAGAAACUACUGACUCUUAUUUUCAUUUUUUCUUUAUUCUGUUCCUUUUUUUUUUUUUUCACUUGUACUUCAUGUAUGGGCUGAUACAUGAUUAUUUUCUUUUAAUCUUAUUUCCACUUUAGUACCGUAGCUGGAUGUUUUUGUUUGAAAUUUCUUUAAGCAACAAAAAAAGUUGAAGAAAAUUGCAAUGUGAAUUUAUUAUUAUUAUUGUCUCCUUUUAUUAAGGAAACCGUGUGGGGUGUGGGUUGGGAUAGCCAAGUCACAAAGAAAAAUGGGUUGCACAGACUAAGGAGUAAACUUUAAUUUGUUUUGUUUAUUGCUUUGUUUCUAAUUUUGUAAAUUUACACUAUUUAUAAAUAUUUAUUGCUUGAAAAUAUUUGUUGAUGGAAUGCUGUUAUUUUUUUCCAGAGUUCCUGCCAUUAAAUUUGACGGAGUAAUGUCAUUUUGAACAUUUCUCUUAUUACAUUUUUCUAUACAUGAAUAAAACUGCUUGGCAAGCAUUGUACAGAAACAUGAAGAUUGAUAUGGUUUAUGGGUUACUAAUCAAAAAUGUCUUUGUAAUUAAAAUAUUC